AUAACAAUGAAUGAUUUAAUACAAUUUAAUGAAAGAGUAUUUCUUGAUGUAUUCAAAUUAAUUAUCAAUGAAAAUACAAUAAACCAUACAGAUUAUUUACAUUCUAUUCAUAGAAUUAAUGAUAUAGAUUGGAAUGAUGAUAGAAAUUUUAUUAAAAAAGCUUAUAUGAAAUCAUUAAUACCAAAGAGAUAUAUACCUGGUCAAUCAUGGUAUAUUUUAUUAAUGCAUUCAUGGAGAUUAUAUUUUUUAUUCAUAAUUCAUAGUUCUAAUUUAUGGUUACGUUAUAAAUCAGAAAAUAUAAUAAAUCAAAGUGAUUUACCUAAAACAAUUGAUGAAUGGAGUGUUAUAUUUAUAUAUUUAUUAUGUUCAGUAUAUCAUUCUAAACAAUUGAAUAGAGAUUAUCAAUUACCAUAUGGUUUUUGCCCAAAUCCAUGUUUAAUUAAUCCAUGCCUUGAAGUGGUUAAUACAAUGUCAAGUAAAUGUAUAAGAACUGGAUAUUUUGAAAAUAGUUACAAAUGUGAAUGUCGUAAUGGUUAUCAAUGGAAACAAGUUAAAGGAUAUAAAGGGUAUUGCGAAGCGAUCGAUCUAUGUGACAAAUAUUGUAACAAAGUUGGAACCAGGAAAUGUGAUAUUGUGCAAGACAGAUAUUUCUGUGUUUGUCGCCCUACUCAUAUGGGUUUAAACUGCGACUACCAACGUGAUCCAUGUGUGGAACUAGCUUCUAAUGUUCAUAUGGGAGGAAAUAUGGCAUGUAACGUUGCAAAUGGUGGUAUAUGCAGAGGAACUUUAGGGACAAACACAUAUCAUUGCCAGUUAGUUCAAUCAAAUUCAUGGGUUUUUAUUUAUUUAUGUAAGGAGCAGUUUUACUGUUGACUGUUCCAGACAAUUCAAUGAUGCGUAAUCUAACUAAAAACUUACAGUUCUACAGAAUACAUAGAAAGACAACCAAAGUCAAACUGAAAGAUUGUGGAUAUAUGGCAAAGAAUGUAAUUUUACGACUGAGUGGACUAAGAUUAC